AUGGGGGCCUUCACGGUGUUGAACAGUGACGGGUUGACGGAGCUCCCGCAAGGAGUCUUUGGAGAUGUCUCUUUCCAGUACAUAGAUGUGUACGAUGCAUGGAACUUAAUGACCAUUCAUCCAGAGGCCAUACUGCAAUCAAAAGAUAGACUCCAAGGACUUCACAUUUAUGGUGGCAUCCUUCAUGACUUCCCUUGGUACAUCGUGCCUCAACUUACCAAUAUCACUUCCCUCGGAAUAUCUUCUAAUGCUCUGACAACUGUGCCGGUUCUUGAAAGCUCCGCUCUCCAAUACCUCUUCCUAGGGGAAAAUCAUAUAUCCACGCUAGAAGUUGGAUGGAAUACUCCCAACUUGAAUUAUCUAGACCUAAGCUAUAAUCCCAUCUCGGAGCUCCCUACUGGUUUUUUUGACGGCUUGGAAAACAUCGUUGCGUUCGAUUGCAUAUCGUGCAAACUGGGACCAAUUCUUGCUGCCGGGUCAAUGGAGUUUCCUGGUGCGACCUUGGAAUAUUUGUAUCUCUUUCAUAAUAACAUCACAUUCGUGGAACCAGGAGCCAUCACAGGUCUUACUGCUCACGCUCACCUUGAUCUAUGGGGCAAUGAGAUUGAGGAACUGACAGAGGAAUCCUUUCGCCCAAUUCUGGAAGACCUCUCACUAGGAAAUGGACACAUCGAUCUGUUUGCAUGCGAGGAACCAUCAAAUCGUGCAGGACCAACUCUCGUGGUUCUAAAUGGUAAUAGUACAGGGCUUGUGGUUGCUGGUAUAGCAGAAAACUAUUUCGCGAAGGUCGCAACUUCAAAUGAAGAUGACGAGCGGAAUGGCCGGCCAUCCACAAGUCGCAAUGAGGCCACUCUCGGUCCUCUUGCCGAACUCGUCCACAGUGACCGUAGUCGAUCCAUCAUUACCUUGGUUUACCUGCUCCAUAGCUUUGAAGCAUCCCUCGCCAAUUUUGCAGCUAUGUUUCUUGGAGAGAGUGUACGGGGAAGAAAUUCCCACACGGAAAUUGGCGAGAAGAGAUGGAAUGGUGCAGGAUGCGCCAGUUUUUUCCAACCGAUCAUCGGGAACGACGUGUCGUCCGUCAUCGCGAUGGAAUAUGUCGGCACCGUGCCCUUCGACCCGAAUGGCACACCUAAAUUUUGGCACCGCUCAGGAGUCCCACGACCAGCCUAUCAUUCCCCCAUUCAGCCAAGAUCGACGCCCGACAGGCGAGAGAGUCACACCGCCGUCACACGCUCUCUGACCUCUUCCAAGCGAACCUCCUCGCCCUCUUGCAGCAUUGCGACCCGCGUAUAUGAACGGAUUGAAGAGCGAAUUGAGCAUGCCGAGGAAGAGGAAAUACGGCGCCAUCUCCCGGUUGAGGUCCACGCACCGGCUCGCGUAGCACCCGGACGCCACAUAAACCACCGAGGAAAUGCAGUACGGCAGCCACGAGAAGAUGAACGAGCCGAGGAUGUAGAAGGCAGUCCUCGCAGCCCUCACCUCCUGCACGAAGUGAGUGCUCUGGAUGACGGAAAGGACGCGGUCGAGGAAAUUGGUCAAGGACGGAUGAUGGUCGGCUAA